UUUAGUUUGUUUUCGGGUGACAUAUGUAUAUAAAUAUAGACAACCCUUAAAUGCGACUGCGCCACUGUAAUUCAUCAUCAUCAUUCUUAAGCUCCAACAUCUCGGAUUCCUAGAAGUAAAUAAAUGAGUGAAAAACCCCAAAAGAAAUGCAAACAAAACAAGGCGAUAAGACAGCAAAAAGGUCUUGAGAUUACAAGCCCUGAUAGUGUGGUCCACUCAAUUGGUUUGGCGACAAACGAGAGCAUCUAUCAGCGGCGGCAGAGAUAGAGAUUCAUCCCGAGUCCAAUUGAAUUGAAAUGCGAUCUGGGUGUGGGUCAGUCGAGCCUGGAAGUCGGACGGGAUCACAACGAAGAUUUUAAAGCGCGAAAAAAACAAUUGUGUAGUUGUUAUCAGCAUCGGUGCAUUAUAAGAAAUAUUUAAAUUCAAAUACUUGUAAAGCGGAAACGUAAAAUGAUGGCCAAGUGGCUCCUUGGCCUUUGGCUGGCGAUCCUGCUAGUGGAUCGACCCGGGGCUAAAGCUUAUCGAUCAGGCAGUGGCUACCACAGCGAACAGUCGGGACCAGUUGGCUUAUCAGCAGCAGGGAACGCACACUCGAGUUACGGAGCCGACCAGCAGCAUCCUAUUUACCAUCGGGAUUCCGCGUGCCCGCCGCAUUUUACGGGUCUGGUUGCAUAUCCCCACGACUGUCAUCGCUAUGUGAACUGCUUCGAUGGCAGCCCCACCAUUCAGACGUGUUCGCCCGGAACUCUGUUCAAUGGCAGGACCCAGGUGUGCGAUCAUCCUAGCAAUGUGGUUUGCCCUUCAGCGGAAUCCUCAUCUACUCGACUGGGAAGACUGAGGCAAUUAGAUAGUGAACCCAAGUGUCAACCGGGAGUGAAUGGAUUGCAACCGCAUCCUACGGAUUGCAGCAAGUUCCUUAACUGCGCCAAUGGUCAAGCUUUUAUUAUGGACUGCGCACCAGGAACUGCCUUUAGUCCAGCAUCACUGGUAUGUGUGCACAAGGAUUUGGCCAAAUGUGGAUCGGGUACUGGAGCAGUACGAGAUGAUACCUCUGGCCCCGGGUACCCUGCGUUGCCUUUGGAUGACUUGGGCUGUCCACCCGGUACACGUGGGCUUCGUCCACAUCCGCACGACGUGCACAAGUAUUUGAGGUGCGGAAUUGGGGUUAAGCCUCAGGUGGAACAGUGUCCACUGGGCCACAUCUUCGAUGGCUCCUCUUCGGUAUGUGUGUAUUCUGACUCCCCUCGGACCUCCUCUUCCUCCUUCACGUCGGCUCAGAUUCAGGUCAACUAUCUCAUGUGUCCAGUGGGAGCCGUUGGCCAAUUUGUUCACCCCUUUGAUCAAACAAAGUUCCUUAGUUGUAAGGAUGGUAAGGUGGCUGUGCAAAACUGCCUACCCAAUUAUGUGUUCAGCAUUUCGAGGCGCUACUGUCAGUUGAAACCACAAUUAGCCUUUACCGACUAUGUCACAUUAAUUAUCUCCCAAAUCAGCUAUGAGUAUUCACUAAUCCUUAAUGAGUGCCCUGGUAACAUCAACGGCAUCUUCUUGUAUCCCUACGAUGCUGAAAAGUACAUUCAGUGCUCGUCUGGUGGCAGGAUGACCAUUCAAAGUUGUGGCACCCAGAUGGCGUUCAGUGUAUCCCAAAGAAGUUGUCUUCCAAGUCGUCAAGUGCACAGCUCUGAUAGGGUGCAGUUCUGGCAGGAAGUCCAAGUUCAGACCACUUAUACAUCCCAAGACAUACGGGGAAAUGUUCAAAGCCAGCUGUCUUCACUUAGAUCGUGUCCACCCAAUGUCCAGAAGAAUUAUCCUUAUCCAUUCCAUGCUGGCCACUAUGUCAGGUGCCAAUAUGGAGCUUUAGAGAUCGUAUGCUGUCCUACUGGACAGCUUUACAGCCUUUCCCAGCGGCAAUGUGUGCCUCGUCGCCUCCUCUCUGCCCAUGAUUACUUGGAUUACUCCUAUAUCAGUGCUGAACUUUCCACUGAGUUUAUGGUGGAUCGUUCGACGCUUUCUUGUCCUCCACAAGCCCAGGGACUCUAUCUGCAUCCCUUUGAUUGCACCAAGUAUGUCAGGUGCUGGAAUCAGCAGACCUUCAUUGAGAGUUGUACACCGGGAGAGAUUUUCAGUUUCUCUAAUCAGAAAUGCGUGCCAAAGGAACAGUGUAAAGGACCGACCGAUCAUGUCGAAUAUUUAAUUGAAACUACGACUGUUACGACUUACGAGUCGGAUGGCCCGGAGUCCGAAAAGGGUUUCGGUGAAACCGGUAACAUUUCCUGCCCACCUGGAGCCUCUGGAAAUCAUGCCCACCCAUUCGAUUGCACGAAGUUCUUGGAGUGUUCAAAUGGGCAAACCUUUGUAAAGAAUUGUGGUCCGGGAACUGCUUUUAGUACUACCAAAAAUACCUGCGAUCACGCCAAUCAGGUGGACUGCAGUGGAAGAAGUUCAUUGCCUGGACAAAUCCCAGUUACCCAGAAUAACAUAGGAACCAGUUACCCAUCGAAACCAUUGGAUAUUCUCCCAAUAUUACCGACACCGCCCCCAUCUUACCCACAUGCUGAGCACUUGACAGAUCUAUUGUGUCCCUCCGGAGUGAACGGUCAAUUUGUUCACCCAUUCGACCAAACCAAGUUCCUCCUUUGCCAGGCUGGUAAACUGGCGGUUCAAAGUUGUCAGCCUGAAUAUGUGUUCAGUAUAUCUAAGAGUAUUUGCCAGCCUAAGACAAAGUUGGUUUACAGCGACUAUGUGACUUACAAAGUCUCUGUCAUCAGCAUCGACCAGACUAUGAUACUAUCUGCUUGUCCGGAUGGCACCAAUGGCCUUCAUCUUUAUCCCUACGACGCUGGAAAAUAUGUACGUUGCUCUGAGGGCGGCAAGAUGAGCAUUCAAAGUUGUGAAAGUCAAAUGGCCUUCAGCUUAUCCCAGCGAGCAUGCCGGCCAAGUCGUCUGGUGUCCAGUGAAGAUCGUGUAAGGUUCCGCGAGGAAUUACAGAUCCAGACAACUUAUAGCAGCCAGGACAUUCAGAUUCAACAGUCCCCACUUAAUGAGUGCCCAUCCGUGCUUCGUGGAAACUACCCAUAUCCCUUUCAUGCGGGUCACUAUGUAAAUUGCCGAAAUGGUCAUUUACAGAUUGUGAGUUGUCCGCCAACAGCUCUAUACAGUUUAUCCCAACGCGAGUGUGUUGUCCGACAGCUCCUCUCCACCCAUGACUAUCUGGACUAUGCCUACAUCAGUGUGCAAUUCUCGACUAACAUUAUUCACGACCCCACAACGUUGUCUUGUCCUCCGCAAGCCCAGGGCUACUACCUACAUCCUUUCGAUUGCACAAAGUAUAUAGUGUGCUGGGAUAAGCAAACACAUGUAGAAAGCUGUCCCCAAGGUGAAGCAUUUAGCAUAUCCCAGCAAAAGUGUGUGGCUAGGGAUAAGAUCACUGAAGCCUAUGAUCGUGUGGAGUAUUUAGAAGAUACGCAGCAUGAGUUAAGUCACGAGGGGGCUGAGGAAGAGGAGCAGUCAGAACCGGAGAGUAGCCUCUCUCGUGACGGAGGCAAUCAGCCGCCUGGAAAGUAUCAGGCACCUUACUAUUCAAAUGGAGGAUACCCAACGCCUUCUCAAAAUAAUGGUGGUUAUCAAACAUCUUCUCAAAAUAAUGGAGGUUACCAGGCACCUUCUCAAAAUAAUGGAGGUUACCAACCAACCUACCAAGGUAAUGGAGGUUACACACCAACCUAUCAAAACACUUUUGAUGGUUACCACCAACCCAAUCAAUCAUCGUUUCAAGCAAAUGGAGGAUAUCAGCCACCCUUACCACCUCAUGGAGGUUACCAACCACCUUCUCAAACUUAUGGAGGUUUCCAACAACCUAAUCGAACAUACGAAGAUUUUCACAACCCUUCGCAAACUGUCGUAGGUUUCCAGCCACCCUAUUCAGUUAAAGGAGGAUACCAGCCCUACAAUCAACCAAAUGGAGGUUAUCAGCCAUCUUCGGAAACUAACAAUGGGCAUCAGAUACCUUCUCAGUUGAAUGGAGGAUACCAACCACGUGUGGACGGCAAUCGAGGCUACCAGCCUCAUAAUGAGUUAAACGGAGCCUACCAGCCACCUUCUCAGUUGAACGGAGGCUACCAGCCUCCUGUAGAAAGAGAUUGGGGUUACCAGCCACCUUCUCAACAAAAUACUGGAUAUCAGCCACCACAGUCAUCAGCUGGUGGAUAUCAGCCACCUCCCCAAUCAACUGGUUCCGGCUAUUAUCCUGGGCAAGAUGCGCCCCAUGCUAUUCCAACUCCUCUGUUGUGCCCAGAAAAGGUUAGCGGCCUCUUUCCAAAUCCUUUCGACGCUACAGGCUAUCUGACCUGCAUCGAUGGUCAUACGUUACCUAGACAAUGUCAGCCCCUCGAUAUGUUCAGUGUUUCCCAAGGCUACUGCUUGCCUGAACAGCACGUAAAUAAAACGGAUCGCGUCCCCUUUGAGAGGACUCAAACUUAUCAGGAUAAUUCUUUGGACUGUCCCAGAGAUUUCGUUGGUUUCGUUGUGUAUCCUUUCGAUUGCUCAAAGUACCUGAGCUGUGGCCCGAGCGGAAUGAAAUUGUUAAAUUGCCCGGGUGAACAACACUACAGUAUCUCUCAUGGAUUCUGUAAGCCCGUUGACCAGGUGCAACGUGAGGAUCGUCUUUACACGAUCAAUGAACUGCACAUCAUUUUCGAGUGGACACAGAAAAUGAUGUUAGUGGGCGCAGUCACUGCCUGUCCCGAAGGAAUAACUGGAACCCUACCACAUCCGAGGGUGCCCACCAAGUACCUGCGGUGUGGACCAGGCCAGGCGGAGAUGUACGACUGUCCGAGCCAACAGAUUUUCAGCGUUUCUCGCAGAGUGUGCGUGCUGGAUGAUAAACUGUCCAGUUACGAUCGCACCGACUAUUUGGUUCGGGGGGUUAAUUCCGGUUGGAUGGAUCCCUCUAAUGACAACCGUCAAUACAAGUCAUAUGAGACAUCUGGCAGGGAUCAGUUCGGCAACCGAUACACAACCAGAACUACCACGACAACGCGGGUGAUCGGAGACCGUUGGACGGAUAUGAACAUGCAGCGACCUUCAGGUGUAGGUGUGGAACAAAAUCCGCAUCACCAUCACCAUGGAUACAACCCGGGUUGGUCUGGCCAGGAGACAUCCUACGUUCAACGUGGUCCUACACAGAGUACUCUAUAUGUGGAGGGAUCGCUACAGCCGAACCGUAAUUAUCCUACCAAUAAGACUCCAUUGGCCCCCAUGGCACCCACCAAUACAGGAGGUGUCUACUACGGCCAGCCCGUUGAAGACAAACAACAUGUGCCAUCGCGCCAGAACUAUAGUCGCAGAAUUGAUUAUGGCUCGCCUGGCCAUGGAUGGAAACCUAUGCCACCACUGGAUCCAUUGGGCGGACAGCAACCAUUAAAUCUAGAUUAUUCUCCCCAUUCUCCUGGUGCCAAAGAACCCCAACCACACGAUAGUCUGCCCGGACAGAAACCCAUUAACUUGGACUAUGAUGAGGAACAAAUACCCCAGUAUCCUCAGAACGGACUACCACCCCAUCCUGGAUCGCCACCACGCUUUUAUCCAGAUCAGUUACCCGGUGGCUCAAAGCCAAUUGGUAGACAGCAACCAGUUGAGUCCAGCCCUGACUCCAGUGGUUUUCCAGACCACCAAAAACCUUUGGAUCCUGACAAUAGGCUUCAUGGAUCAAAAAUUCCUCCAAGACAUAGCCCUAACGCAGGGCUUCCUUUAUAUAAUGAAUCCAACCUCUAUGGUGGGCUCUUACCUCCCAAGCCAGAUCCUCCGGUAAACGGAACACCCACUCCAACUCCUAACCCUUCAUCUUCCCAGACUCCAACUCCGCAAUUGGCUAACCGACUGCACACAUUUCCCAUCUAUCCACCUGUGGAUAAUAAAACCUCUCUCCAAAAUCCCAUACAACCUCACUACAGUCCGUCUUAUGCAGGAAUUGCCCACUCUCGAGACGCCCCUUGGGCCAAAGUACCUGUGACUAGUACAACCCCCGCACAAGAUCCCGAUCCCUUCAAUCCUGAAUUGGAUGAACCUUUCUACGACGAUGUCGACUUCUUAACCACAACAGUGAGAAAUGUAUUGGUGCCUCCUCCUUUCGACCAUAAGUUUUAUAGUCCUCAGUCGACAAAUCCAAGCAUUAAUCAAGAUCGAUCUGCAUCUGGUCCCAGCUCCCAAGCGGCUAUUAAGGAAGCUCUUAAACUUAUGCUGCGUCCCUAUUUCAAUCACAGUGGGAAUGCCCAAGAGCAACUUGCCCAGCAGGCUGAAUCGGCCAUAGUGUCUGUGAUUAGUAAGCCGACAACCACUACCACCACACCAAGGCCAACUUCCAAGACACCUAAAACAGACCUUGACUUUGACGCCGAACUGAUUAAAGCGGGUGAACAGGAAAGCCUGGACUCCGUUGACGACGACUAUGUUUUUCCAGAUGCCAGGGAGACGUCCCGAACCGAGCAGACCCUAGAUCCCAGUACCACGUACGCCUCGACAAACUUUCAACGGAGCACUCGCAGGGCUGAGUUAGAUCCUGACAGCCUAACCACAACUACAAUGAAAACUAAUUGGCUUGCGCCUGGUCACAGUCGUGACUACCACCGGCGUCAUCCAAAUUUACCCGAUCCGUUCUCCGAGCACCAUCCCAAUUCCUCUCCCCACCAACACCAACACAACCACCACCACCGUCACCCACAUGAACAUAGUGCUGACUUCCAUCUUCGUCAUCCGGAGCUGCCCAACCCAUUUCCACAAAAAGAUGAAACACCGCAACACCAGGACCCGGAUGAUGACUGGGUCAAUUCCAAUGCUGAGGAAGUGACUCCCAAAUUAGCUACCCGUUCAAGCUUCAAUACCCAAUGCGAUUUCGAUUGCGGCAAUGGCCAAUGCCUGAAGAAGGAGGAGAUCUGCGAUGGGAAGAAAAACUGCCCCAAUGGCAAAGAUGAGGCUAGCUGCCCGCCAUCGGACUACGAGGUGCGGCUAUCAGGGGGCGAGAGUCCAAACAUGGGCCGUAUUGAAGUCAAGGCUAACGGUCAAUGGGGCUAUGUGUGUGAUGACAAGUUCGGUUUAAAGGAUGCCGAUGUCGUUUGCCGAGAACUUGGCUUUCGGAUGGGCGCCCAAGAAGUGCGUGGUAGCUCCUUUUAUGCUCCCCCAAACCAGGAUUUUAACUACCUGAUGGAUGAGGUCGAGUGCCAUGGCAAUGAAACCAAGCUGGGUCAGUGCGCCUUCAAAGGCUGGGGCGUUCACAACUGCGGCGUUGAUGAAGUGGCUGGCGUGACCUGCAAAGUUCCGGUGAUGAAGUGUCCCAAUAACUACUGGCUGUGCCACACUUCCAAGGAAUGCAUACCACCAGCCUUUGUGUGCGACAAUACCCCAGACUGUGCGGAUAAGUCGGAUGAGUGUGCAGCCGUCUGUCAGGCUCCCGUUCAAUACCGUUUAGAGGGUGGUCGCAAUUCCAAUGAAGGCCGCCUGGAGGUGAAACACCAUGGCGUAUGGGGCAGUGUUUGUGACGAUGACUUUAAUCUCAAGUCUGCCCAAGUUGCCUGCAACUCAAUGGGCUUCUUUGGACCAGCGAAAAUCGAGAAGAACAUAUUUGGCAACAGCAAUGGUCCCAUUUGGCUCGAUCAGGUAAUGUGCUUUGGAAACGAGUCAAGCAUUGACCAAUGUAACCAUUGGAACUGGGGCGAGCACAAUUGCAACCACACCGAAGAUGUGGCGCUGCACUGCAGCGCUGGGCCACCACCUCGCAGUCAGAGGUAUUCCCAGACUCAGAUUAAAGGUGGUCGAUCUCUGGGACGGGAAACCUCACCGAAGACCUAUUCACAAAUUGGGCUAUGGGAACGAUCUAGCAAGGCAGUACAUACUCCUCGUCGAUGCGGAAUCUUCAAGGAUGACCUGACCGAUGAGUACGCCCACCGAGAGGAGCGCGUGGUUAGGGGAAAUGUGGCACAGCGGGGUCGUCAUCCCUGGCAAGCUACCAUAAGGACUCGCGGACGUGGUGGUAUCUCCAGUCAUUGGUGUGGAGCUGUGGUGAUAUCCAAGCGCCAUCUCCUCACCGCCGCUCACUGUCUGUACGGAAGUCCUAAAGGAGCUUACUUUGUUCGCGUCGGAGAUCACUACGCAAACAUAGCCGAGUCCUCCGAGGUAGAUUCCUUCAUUGAGAACUGGUACCUACACGAAAACUUCCGCAAGGGAACACAUAUGAACAACGAUAUAGCCCUGGUGGUGUUGAAGACACCUCUGAAAUUUAGUGACUAUGUCCAGCCCAUUUGCUUGCCGGAUAAGAAUGCUGAGCUCGUCGAGGACCGCAAGUGCACCAUCUCCGGUUGGGGAUCUAUUAAAUCGGGCGUGUCCACUCCUGCUCAAGUUUUGGGCUCCGCUGAGCUUCCCAUUUUGGCCGAUCACGUCUGCAAGCAAUCAAAUGUGUAUGGAUCAGCCAUGUCGGAAGGCAUGUUCUGCGCCGGCUCCAUGGAUGAGAGUGUGGAUGCGUGUGAAGGUGACUCAGGCGGUCCACUUGUCUGCUCCGAUGACGAUGGCGAGACUCUGUACGGCCUGAUUUCGUGGGGUCAGCACUGCGGCUUCAAGAACAGGCCGGGUGUCUAUGUCCGUGUCAAUCACUAUAUCGAUUGGAUCUACGAGAAAAUCAAUGAGAGCUUGCUACGCUUUUAAGGGAGCAUAUGUCCUAAGACACUUACUUUGUUACAUGACUACUAUUUUAUAAGAACUUGGUAGUGAACUUGCAAAUAAAGCUGCAUUUUUAGAACGAGCAAC